AUGUUUUGGAGGUUCGGAGGAUAUGCCAACAUCUCCUCGCUAGACAGCAUCCUCGACAAGCCCGAUGUCACUGUCGAGGAGCUGCUGGAUGAGAGCGAUUUGAUCCAGGAGUUGAAGCAGCAAAACAGCAAGCUGAUUGAGUUUCUGCGCGACGAGCCGGUGUUGAAGACGCUGCUCGACUAUGUCAUUGCCGACACGCCAGAUGAGGAUGCGAUAGCAGCCGCGAAGACGGGCCAGCCACCCACAACGCCCAGCAAAGAAGGCGAGAGGGAGAAGGAAAAGAGCGUCGAGUCACCCAUAUCUUUCUUUGGAAAAGGCAAGAACCGCGAUCGCUCCAAAUCUUUGCACAAGGAUGGCGAGACGGAGGCAGAAAGAAAUGAAGCGCAGCGCAAAAAGUACGCCUAUGUCGCGUGCGAAGUCCUCUCUUCAGAGGUCUGGUCGCUUACAGAGGCCGUGCUUGAGCAGCGCGAUCAUUUGCGCGAGUUCUGGCAGUACAUUCGUCGCCCCGCGCCGCUAGAUCCCACACAAGCAUCGUACUUCACCAAAGUCAACGAGGCCCUCUUGGAUAAGAAAACAGAGGACAUGUUGGCGCACUUCAAAUCCCUCGACGGCAUCAUACCUGCCAUGUUGCAGCAUGUGGACUGCCCGAUGGUCAUGGAUCUCCUGCUGAAGAUCAUCUCGUUGGAGAAGAGUGAGGGCGGCCAGGGCAUUGUGGAUUGGCUACAAGGUCAAAAUCUCAUCCCGCUGCUUCUCACUUACCUAUCGCCAGAACAGAGCUCCGCGACACAAACUUCCGCUGGUGACUUUCUCAAAGCCAUCAUCACAAUCUCCGCAAACGCCACGACACAGGACCAGUCAGUGAUUGGUCCCAAUGAGCUCACACGCCAGCUCGUCUCAGAAGAAUGCAUCCACACCUUAAUCACCGACAUGCUGCGGGGCGGCAACCCUCUUACUGUAGGAGUCGGCAUUAUCAUCGAAGUCAUCCGCAAGAACAACUCCGACUAUGACCUCGACAAUCAGGUCGGUCCUGAACCCAAAACCUCAGAUCCAAUCUAUCUUGGCACCCUUCUCCGACAAUUUGCAACACACGUGCCAGAUUUCAUGAACCUCAUCCGCUCGCAAUCUGCCAAGAAGCCCGACCUGAAAGCCGCUUUUGGCGGCAAGAUUGAGCCUCUAGGGUUUGAUCGAUUCAAGACGUGUGAGCUGAUGGCGGAGUUGCUCCACUGCAGUAAUAUGGGAUUACUGAAUGAGCGUGGCGCGGAUGAGGAGGUGCGAAAACGGGAUGCUGAGCGGGAACGUCUCAAAGCGCAAGGCCAGCUUGCUACUCCUAGAGCUCCUGGUAGUCCCGGUGCGAAUGGGAGCAAUUUCGAUGAGUUUGGAAGCUCGGUCGACUCUCAUGGAUUCCACCACGCCGAGCGACCUACACAGGAGGAGAUGAACGAGCAGGCAGAGGAUCGCAGAUUGGAAGUUCAGAAUGCCAGCGACGAGGAGGGCUUCGAGAAGGUCAAUGCACCGGGAGCAGAUGAGGAAGAGGUCACCUUUGACGACAUCGACGAUAAAAUCGACAGGACGACACACGGUGGUCUGCCUCUUCUUGAGAAGGUUGAAAAGGUGAAACCGACUCAAAUGGAGGCUCACCUCGAGGAUGCACCUAUGCCUGCGCCUCUAUCUCCCAAGAAGUCUCCCACCAAACUUUCGCUCCACUUUGACCCACCACCAACCGAAGCUGCAGCGGAUUCACCCACUACUGCUGGCGUCACCAGCAAGAUACAAUCUCUGGAUGUUGUAGACGAAGAUGUAGUAAUGAGCGAGUUUGGUGAAGAGCCAGAUUUUCAAGAUGACGACAACGCACCUUCUGAGUUGGAAAGGGAGUUGGCGCGUUCGGCGGACAAGCCUGCACCACUCUUUGCGGCAAAGAAGGAUGCCGCCGCGCUUUCAUCAAGCGAUCACAACGAGAACGCGGCGUCAACGUCAGAAGAUGGCGAGGUUUCGCAAAGCGUCGCCACACUCCAAGCGCCGUCUCCUACAUUGAACACAGACCGCGCACCUUACGACACGGAGCUGGAUGGUUCCCCAGUCGUGGGCGAUUUGCUUAAACUUCGAUUCGUGGAGCAUCAGGUUGUCCCCACAAUACUCGACUUCUUCUUCCGAUUUCCGUGGAACAACUUUCUCCACAACGUCGUCUAUGAUGUCGUGCAGCAGGUCUUCAACGGCACACUCGACCGCGGAUACAACCGAACUCUGGCAUUCGAUCUCUUCACAGCAGUCCCCAAAGAGACCUCUGAUGGUACUGAGAUCGUAGGAUUGGCCAACACAGGAGAUAUCACAACACGUAUCCUGGAUGGUCAGAGGGCAAGCGAGCUCAGCCAGAAGGAAAGGGGCAUGAGGCUCGGCUACAUGGGUCACUUGACUCUGRUUGCAGAGGAAGUGUGCAAGUUUGGCAAUCGGCAAUCGCCCGAAGUGCUGGACUCCGCCAUCGGUGAAAGAGUCUCAAGAGCAGAGUGGACGGAAUAUGUGGAGGGCAUUCUAGCCGAGACACGAGAUCGUGACAACGCUGUGCUUGGGGGCGUGAGACCAGMGACGGCAAUUGGAGUUCGAGCAGGUGGAGGGAGCUUCGGCGGAGGAGGUCUAGUGAGCGCGGGACUAAGUAGUAUGACGCCACAGGACACGCUGGCGUUGUCCGAGGGUACCGUGGGACAGAGUACGUUCGAAAUCGAGAGGGAAGGAGGAUUGCGAGGCUUUGGCGAUGACGAAGAUGACGAGGAGGAAGAGGAGAGGAGGACGGGAGGUGUGGAUGAUGAUGAGCAGACAAACACGGAUGACAACACGAAGCCACCGCCACUCAACAUCCCACCUUCCCGCGCUCGCCGCACUCUGGCGGCUCGUCUAGCUCAACGCUCGCAGAAUCAGGCCGUGGAAAGCGGAGACCCAGACGCCGCAGAUGCCAUAGCAGUGGAAACCGCCGCAAUGAUGCCCGAGGAUGGCGAUGGAAUGGUAGAUCUCGGAACCGCUACCGAGCAGGAAAUGUUGCAGGCAAGUGGAUUGCAGAUCACAGGUCUCCGAUCUAUCAGCGGCGGUUCUGGAGCGGCGGGGCAUGUCACUGGACUGUUCAGUUCUUCGGAUAGCUCUGAUGAAGAGGAAGGUGGGCUUGGUAGUAGUGAUGAGGGCGAUGCGGGGAGAGAUCAUACGAUUGGGAGGGAGGAGGGAGAUUUCGAACAGGGGGAACAGAGGAGGAGGAGACGACCGAGCACCACUGAGGCCAAGAGUCGAGUUUCUAUUGAUGAUGACUAUGAUGAUGAUGAUGUUGAUGAAGUUCAUGAUGGGAGGGAAGUUUUCGGAUUGCCAAAGGGAGAGAGCAAGAUUCCCGAGGCGGAGGAUAGCAGUAGUGGGAGUGGAAGUAGUGACGAUGAGGGGAUGGUGGAGAUUCGGACGAGGAGAAGCAGUUAA